CGUGACGUCACAGUAGCCCCAGUUGGGUUAGGUUUUACGCUGGAAAUUCUCAACCAAGUGGUGUUAAAAAAAAAAGGAUAAAUUUUAGUUGGACAGAAUUAAAUGUUUUUCAACGAGUGCAAACUGUUCAUCUAUAAAAUUCUCUCGUACAAAUAGUUCAUUGUUUUCAUUGUGUUGAUGAUAAAACAUCUGUGUAAUCUAUUUAAAACACAUAUAAUCACGUGAAUAAACGUGUGACCCAUCGAGGCACCGUUGUAUUCCCUUGUAUAUGAUAUUCUAAACGGAAAAUGAGUCGACAUGAAGGGGUAAGUUGUGACUCCUGCCUAAAGGCCAAUUUUCGGGGUCGACGGUACAAGUGCCUGGUCUGCUUCGAUUAUGACUUAUGUGCCAGCUGCUACGAGGCAGGGGCCACCACCACACGCCACGGUGCUGAUCAUCCCAUGCAGUGUAUACUCACUCGAACUGAUUUUGAACUUUACUAUGGGGGUGAAGGUGUGAGUGUGGAGCAGCCACAGUCAUUGACCUGUCCUCACUGUACGAGAAUGGGCUUCACUGAGGCAACUCUACAGGAGCACGCCGCUGCUGACCAUGCCGAUAUUACUUUUGAAGUCCUAUGCCCAGUGUGUGCAUCGCUGCCAGGAGGUGAGCCAAAUCAUGUAACGGAUGACUUUGCAACUCACUUGACUGUAGAACACCGGAGUGGGCCGAGGGAUUUGAUAUCAUUUCUGGAUGAACCAAUGGCGAGUCGCCAUGCUCCAAGACGGAUGCCCCAUCUGUCUCGAGGCGUUGGAGCCCCAAGGCCACGCAGGUACCCCCACAACAUUCGUCUUAAUCAAAUUGCUCCAGAAUCUUUUGAAUGCGAUUUAAUACAUGACAAAUGGGCCCAUAGGUCCAACAUGCAUUUCAGUUCGUCGGGGGGUUUGAGCCCUAGCAGCCGAGAUGGCAUAGAUCCUAUUGCCGAAUUGUUGUCCCAAUUGUCAGGUGUACGUAGGAUUGGCGGUGGUACUGGCCAGGGCUCUCAAUUGCAACAAUUGCAAAUGCAAUUGCAAUUGGAACGUCAACAGGUUAGAACAACUACGAGGCACCAACUGGAGCGAUUGCCAAGGAGGCAAACCCAAGUAAUUGGUUCAGUAUCGAGUGGUAAUAGCAGUGGUACAGCCGGUGGAAGUGGCGGUUCAACAGGCAGCCAUUCGACAACAAUGGCUGGUGUUGCUGGCAGUACAGGGAGCAACAACAACUCUAGCAACACCACCAACUCGUCCAGCGCGACAGCUGCCAGUAGCCAGAAUUCCAUGUUCUUGUUGCCUAGGUGCAUGGCAACGACACUGACGGACUCCCAGCUCCAAAGUAUCGAACGUGAAAGUGCAAACAGAAGUUUAUUUGCACGUGAACUUGUGAUUGGCACCUUGUCCCAGACAUUGCCAGAAUUAAUCGAUCACCAACAGCAAAAUAACGAGCUGUCGGCUGUCCAAACACCUGCAUCAAGUACAACGACAGCAACAACAAGCCCCGAAACACCAGGGAGUGCUGUAAAAAAGCCUUCGUUACACGACACUAAGAGAGAUCAUCAGGCAUCAACUGCCACUGGUACAACGACAACUGGAGCUGUUACAAAAUCUGUGGUAUCGUCUACUGGUCAACAAUUGCCAUUGCAUUCUGCACAGGCAACAGCUGCUGCUGGACAAGGAUUGCCGAGUAAUCCUAAUGGUAUAAAUACGCAGAAUGCAACGAUGGUUCAAACGUUAAUGCACAGUGUAUUACCUCAACCACUGGUACUGCAGCAGCCACUGCCACCACCGAUUCGAAAUACUGGAACUGGAACAAUCAGAGAGCCCAUUGCAACACCGGCACCAGCGUAUCUACGCGGUGGUGUUGGGCCAGUUGGUGUGACAGGCCCAUCGCGUAGGAAGCCAGUGAGGGCCGUCGACGGUAGAAACCAAUCGACGGAGCCCCCACCCCCACACUAACCCCCAAUGCUCUAGGCUUUUACCACGAAUUAUUUACUUUUUUCUUUUUGUCCUUUCAAUCCCUCGGAUAUUUACCCCUGGAAAUAAAAACAACCCUCCCCCUUCCCCCCUCAACUAGCACUAGUCCUAGCACUGUUUAGAUCACUUCAAUCAUUGUUGUUAAUUAUUAUAAUAUAUACUAUUCAUUUUUCGACCAGAGAAAUGCCCUUUUAACCCGCCUGCCUGAAUAUACCGCCAGAAAAUCUCUUUGCCCACUCAACUUAUGCGAGAAUGUCAAUAAAAUCAUUGGAAAUGUGUAGAUGAACUGAGGGUCAUUCGUGGAGCUAUACAAUACGACGAGGAUUUCUCAUUGAUGAUAAAAAUUAAAUGAUUAAAAAUUGUUUAGAUAAUUUAUUCAUUAUUUGUAUCGUCGCUUUAUCUUGGGAGUUUCUUGGGUUUUUGGUUCUCAUGUUCUGGCGUAUAAUGUGUCGUACUAGUUUAUUGAUUAAUGGAGUGCAUGAAUGAGUAACAAUGUUGCGAUAAUUAGUAAGCAGGUUUCUAUGAGAUAAUUUGAAAUAAAGUGAGAGAUAAGGAUUAAUUUUUUUUAUAAAUUUAUUUCGUGAUUUUUGGGAUUCCCAAGGUCUGAAUACUCAGAUAUUAUUCUUUCUGGCGUUUUAUUUUCGACUGAGAAACGUCAGGAUUCGGUGGUUUAAUUGAAAUUACUUUGACAAUAUUUUUUUUUCCCGAAUCUCUAAUAAAAAAUGGAAAUAGAAAUAAAACAUUUUAUUUUGAUUAAUUUCACCGAUUAAUUAUAGUUAGACGAAUUUCCAUAAUUCUUCAAGAAGGGUUUUUCAGAAGGUCUUUGAACUUAGGAGGGACUUUUUUAUAACUUUAUGAAAAAAAAUCCUAAGGAAACUGUUUACCCUUUAUCUGCCUCAAAUUUAAAGAUGUUCCCAAAAAUCUGGACUUCAUUUCUGACUUUAUUAAUUAAAUAAAUGAAUCUCAACAAAAGUGAAUCAAAAUGAUCAACAACCUGCAAAAAACAUGUGUGAAUCCAUUUUCUACCAUGAACUUUUAUUUUCAGAAGAAAUCUGAAUGAAUUAGUCAAUUCCUUUUGUUCCCUCGACAAUAUCCUUAAAAAACCCACAAUCAUACUUCAAACAUAAACAGGAGAUAGUCUCGGAAUAUUCGGAAGGCGGGCUAAUAAACAAUAGAGCCCCCAGAAAUUAAACCACAAAAAAACCCUAUAAUUUCUCAAUUUUUCGGUAUUUAAUUUGUUGCUACAAUUAACGUGAUUCUGAAAUUAUUAUUAUUACCCAUCAUUAAUAAUUACUAACAUAAUAAGGCUUGUAUCUAUAUAAUAUACCCCGUGUUUUCAGCAGGAAAAAUAAUCACUGGGGCCUCAUUGUAAUAUAUUAAUUCGAUUUUAAGCAAUGAAAAAUGAUUGAGAAAAUCCAAAAAAACGAUGAAAAAUUUUAAAAACAGUGCUGAGAGUGUACCUAUAAUUAACGACAGUUGAAUCCACAAAAAAUAUACAUCUCAAUAGAUUUUCAAUGAUUUUCUUGUUCCCUCUCGACGACUUUUUUGUAACAAAAACCAGUUUUCCAGCUGUGAAACCACUUUGCCAUAAACAGGAGUUCGAAAAUCGUCGAAUGAAAUUGAAAGAAAAACGUGAAAGUGAUCAGUUAUACCAAGUAAUUGUGCACUGUCUGUAGACUGCACUAGCUGUAGAAACAAAAACAAAAUAAAGGGGAAAAUCGGAGUGAUAGAGAGGUACUUGAGAGUGGAAAGAUGAAGGAUGAAAUCCUUGUAUCGAGCUUUUUCCAGUCUGCGGGGAGGAAGUAAUGUAUUUAAUUAGGUUUAAAUAGGAGCCUUAUCCCGGCGUGAACUUAUUUAUGUAUCCAAAAAUUGAGAUUUAUAAAUAUAUGGAUUGUGAGAGGAACAA